CCCCCCCACACCAGAGAGACAUCAUUCGACAGUGAAACAAGAAGACACAGCAAAAAAAAACUCACAAAUAAGCUCCACGCGAGCAGCUCGAAGGAGCCAUAGGCAGAGCGAAGAAUAAACAAAGAACCAUCUCCCAGCCGAGGCGAGUCUGUUUCUGUUGAAGCAAGCCAUGAGCCUACUGGCUAGAACGGAUAUAGAUGCUGGAGGAUUUUUCGUGAACUUUAAUCAAGAUUGCUCGUCCUUGGCGGUUGGGUCGAAAAAUGGAUACAGUUUGUUUUCGUUGAACUCGGUCGAUCAGAACCUGGACCAGAUAUACACGAGCCUGGGCGAGGACAUCUGUCUGGUGGAGCGACUGUUUAGCAGCUCUCUCGUUGCAGUCGUCUCGCUAAACGCUCCCAGAAAGCUUAAGGUGUGUCACUUUAAAAAGGGAACAGAAAUAUGCAACUACUCCUACUCGAACACGAUACUGGCGGUGAAGCUGAACCGCUCCCGGCUGGUCGUUUGCCUCGAGGAAAGUCUCUACAUACACAACAUCCGCGACAUGAAGGUUGUGCACACGAUACGCGACACGCCACCGAACAAGACGGGUCUGUGCGCGCUAGCGUCCGAUUCGGACCACUGCUAUCUGGCCUACCCGGGCAGUGCGACCGUCGGCGAGGUACAGAUCUUUGAUGCGGUGAAUUUGCAUGCGAAAAUUAUGAUCCCGGCCCACGAUUCACCGCUGGCGGCGAUUGCGUUCAGCCAGAUCGGCACGGAAAUAGCGACGGCGAGCGAGAAGGGUACCGUCAUACGGGUGUUUUCGGUCAGCGACGGUUCGAAGCUGUUCGAGUUUCGGCGGGGCGUGAAGCGGUGCGUAUCGAUCGCGUCCCUAGCGUUCAGCACCUGCUCGAAGUAUCUGUGCUGCAGCUCGAACACGGAAACGGUGCACGUGUUUAAGCUGGAGCGUGUGUCACCGGAAACGAACGACGAGCAGGGCGCUGGGGAGGCGUGGUAUGGCAAGAUUAGCAAGGCGUUCACAAAUUACCUGCCCCUGCCAACGCAGGUGACGGAUGUGUUUUCGCAGGGGCGAGCGUUCGCGUCGGCCCUGCUGCCCGUAGCCGGCCUAAGACAUUCCUGUGUCAUUACAACGAUUCAGAAAGCGCUCAGGAUGUUGGUGGCCUCCCAGGACGGAUAUCUGUACGUGUACCAAAUACCGACGGAAGGAGGCGGCGAGUGUCAGCUCAUCAAAAAGCAUGAUCUCAGAAACAUCGAGCUACCACCGAACCCGCCCAGAACGGAAUCAGUGCCAAUCGGUGUACCGACGGUGGUACCGUCGGGUGGCUCUAGCUAUGCGGCCACCGUCCGCGGUACGGCUGGCAGUAGUGCUGGCAGUGGUGGUGGUGGCGGCGCCGGUUCCCUAGAUGACGAUCAUCAUGACCAUGCGCAGCAAUAGAGUUCGCGGUAAUUUGUAAAACAAACGCAAGCCGCACUGAACCGGCAUGUGAAGCUCGGACGGAAUAAUGCGCGGAUAUCAUGGUUUCCGGAAGGGCGCUCUCUCUCUCUCUCUAUCUCUCGUCAUGUUUACCGAAAUGGCCACACGUUUUGCUUGAUCGUAAUCGACAGGUGGAAGCCGCUAGUAUCAUCCCGCAAAAGCAAAAAACGGAAACGUUUAAUUAGCGUUCGGCUUUUGUUCGCUUCGUCGUGGUGUUUUCACGCUUCAAUCCGGUUCGUGCUAUAAGCAAAAUGUAACUCCCCCCACCCCAUCGGAAGGAUGUGGACUAUUGUGUACACACACAUACAACAAUUAGCUUCACACACACUAUACUACACACAUACAAAUACUAUUAAACACUGAUGUAAACAGAUGUGUGGCGGCAAACACGGAUCCGUCGCUGGUUGGCCUAGCUUACUGUACCGCAUCGGAUUGUUUUGAUGCAAGGUCAUUCGUUGCGGUUCGGGACGAUAGACCGCUCAGUGUGGAUAUCGUGACCGUAUCACACACACACACACCCGGUAUUUAGGGAUUCGAAAAGGCUGUAAGUGAGUUGGCUCCCAACUUAAAUGUCUACGUGCUUGGUGGGUUGGCACUGGAGAUCGGCUGGUGAGCUAUACAGAGCAUCAAUGUGAUAGAACGGCGCAUAAAUCACACCCGAAUGAUUGAUUGUAGGGGGACAUAGGGUAUAGAGAGCAUAUUUACAGGUUCUUUUAAAUUCGACGGUUUAAAACUUUCAUCCCCACUGCGCUCUGUACGCUUCGGGUACGUUUCUUCCCUCCUUUAAAGGGAACGUAAUACAGUAGAGGUUAGCAGUAUGUAUAUCGCUAAUGUGGGACCCCAAUCUGUACUAAUGGCGCUACUCAUAGUGAACGUUUUAUUUUUCCUUAUCCGCACCCGUAACGUGCGUCCGACCAGGUGGUACCAGCAUCAGAUUUCUUCUUUCCGCAGUUCAAGAAUUAAAUUUAGAAAGUUGAACCAUUAUUUUUAUUAAAUAUUUCGCGUAGUGUUUUAAAAAGGCCGAGGUGUGUAGAGCAAAAACCACAAACCACGAGAAGGGUUCGUGAAAGAAAGAAACACAUCAAUGAAGAGAUAUCGUUCGUGUGGUUGUUUUUUUGUUGGAGACUGUAAGAAACGAGACGGGGGAAAAAACGUAUAUUUGAGCAUGUAGGCUUUACCGGCGUAAGCAUAAAAUGUCCCAAGCAAAAGUCUUUGCCACGGUUGCGUACUGGACAGCACUUGCAAGGUUCAUAUAGGUAAACAUCAGCAAUCAGUGGCCAGGACAAGUAGGCUAUAUUCAUUAUCUCUGCUAGAGUGUGUAAAAUCAUAUUCCACACUCUCCGGAACCCGUUCGCGGCCGUUUGAUCGCGCUGAACAGAUCAGUUAGACCAGUUAGAGUUGGUGGUACUGAAUUCAAACUUGAUUUAUCACUAGUGUGUAAGACCAAACGCCCCCAAUAAAAAUAAAAAACAAAAAAACAAAACAAUUGAUCAAUAAAAUCUUUCGAAGAAAAAUAAAA